CCAACUCAGAUCGGGUUCCGUGGACCUGUCACAGGACAAAAGAGGACAGCUGUGGGGAGGGGCGGGGUCUGCAGCCCUGUGCCCAGAGCGCACCGCUCCAGCCUGUCCGCAGGCCCGGCCUGGGCUCCAGGACCCGUCCUCCCUCGACCCGGGCCCCUCCUCCUUCCGGACCCCACCCCACUCGUCCUUUCCCCUCUGGCCCUUAGGCCACACCAGGAUGUCGGACGCCGAAGAGCAGGAAUAUGAGGAGGAGCAGCCGGAAGAAGAGGAGGCUGCGGAGGAGGAGGAGGAAGCCCCCGAAGAGCCGGAGCCGGCGGCAGAGCGAGAAGAGGAGCGCCCCAAACCCAGCCGUCCGAUGGUGCCUCCUCUGAUCCCCCCCAAGAUCCCGGAAGGGGAGCGCGUUGACUUCGAUGACAUCCACCGCAAGCGCAUGGAGAAGGACCUGCUGGAGCUGCAGACGCUCAUUGACGUGCACUUUGAGCAGAGGAAGAAGGAGGAAGAGGAGCUGAUCGCGCUGAAGGACCGCAUUGAGCGGCGCCGGGCCGAGAGAGCCGAGCAGCAGCGCUUCAGGACGGAGAAGGAGCGCGAGCGGCAGGCGAAGCUGGCGGAGGAGAAGAUGCGGAAGGAAGAGGAAGAGGCCAAGAAGCGGGCGGAGGAUGAUGCCAAAAAGAAGAAAGUUCUGUCCAACAUGGGGGCCCAUUUCGGAGGUUACCUGGUCAAGGCCGAACAGAAGCGUGGGAAGCGGCAGACAGGGCGGGAGAUGAAAUUGCGCAUCCUGUCUGAGCGUAAGAAGCCUCUGGAAAUUGACUACAUGGGGGAGGACCAGCUCCGGGAGAAGGCCCAGGAGCUGUCGGACUGGAUCCACCAGCUGGAGUCCGAGAAGUUCGACCUGAUGGCAAAGCUGAAGCAGCAGAGAUACGAGAUCAACGUGCUGUACAACCGCAUCAGCCACGCCCAGAAGUUCCGGAAGGGGGCAGGGAAGGGCCGAGUUGGAGGCCGCUGGAAGUGAGGACGCCAGGGCAGUGGCCCGCCUCGAGGCACCCGGGAGUGUUUGUUCCAUCAUAUUGUGAAAUAAAUGCUCCCCCUGUAGACACCUGCUGAGUUCUUUGAUGUUGUUAUUCUUGAUAUGC